CUUUUGUAAGGGUUCUAGAACGGUUCCUGUGCUGUAACGAAUUCCUUGGGUCUUUGGGGAUAUUGCAUUGAAAACCCAACAUUUGAGAUUGAUACAAGAUAUUACUUUCAGUAGUUUGGGAGGGCCAGGGGUGAGAGCAGCGCCAAAGAAGUUCGUAAUGUUCGUGACGUAAAUCGACACCUUGACUAAUGUGCAUUACAAAACAUCAGCACAACCAGAGGAUCUUCCUUUUGACCGCGUGGCCGUGAAGGCGUGAAAGGUUGGCAAACGCUCGUCGGCGAGGUGGGAAAAUAAGGUUGAUUUUUAUUUUUAUAAAAGGUGCGCAGUACACGUAUGAAUCUGUUUGUGUGCAUGUAAGCUUAAAGUUCCAAUUCAGUUUGCAGCAACCUACAGUACGCAUGAUACUAGCGAUUUUCAUAAUUUAUAGCCUUGCUUUUAAGCUUAAUUGUCUCUAUUUAAAAUAUAUUCUAACCGAAUUCAAACUUUCCGAGCUCUUAUUAUGGAGAGGCGUAGAGAUGAAAAUUCUGCAGAUAUGUCCAGUGUUUACUUGUCUUUAAGCUUAAGCUAAAGUUAUGCCUUAUUGAGGUAAAAGAGAACUUUUAACUCAAAAUCUAAACGAGGCUAACAGUCGUUGUUUGGUUCGUUGGGGUAAUUUCGCCUCCAAUUUUAAUACGCUGAUUUAUAAAGAUAGGUGUUCAGCUUAAACCCAAACGUUCUACUUGAAUCACAAACUCUUCAAACGACUCGCACAGUACGCAAUCUGCUGUCAAGAAUACUGCAGCUUUCAUUUGUUUUGAAGGCUCUUAAAAUUGUUCCCUGCAUGUUGUAACGGUACAAUAUAUUAUUUAUCGUUUUUUCUCUAAGGAUAAAUCACCCCAACAUUUUUAGGAUUAGUCUAAACCAGCCGGCCACGCUCUAAUCUUUAUAGUUUAUACAGCGCAAUUUUCACAUGCUUCAAAUGGCAGGUGUAGUCCGUGAAGGUGUUUUUAUAGCAGCUUUCUAAAGCUUCUAGAAUGUCGAAGCAAAGAAAGGGAGACUUUAAUUCAUAACAGAAGGUUUGUUUUCACCAGAGUCUUCGAAUCCGAAAGAGAAUACGCCAAUUAAAUUUAUUAUUUAGUGGCCUUCAUCCUCCCUUGGCUUUCAAAUAUUUUGCUGAAUCAUCUCACUAUUAUUAUAAUCUUCACACUCAGCUGGCGUUCUUUACAUGAUGUCAAUUUUGAUUUUAGCUCACUUGUGAAAGUGUCCCACAUCGUUUAAAAAAACAUUCACACAUAACUUUUCGUGGGUUUACUAGUGAACUUUUUUCGAGUGCAUGGAAGGUUUGUUGUUAACCUAAAAAGUGCUGUAUAUGUUUGCAUGAUUAACCUGUCCAAAUAUAAUUCCUAAUUUAUUUUGCUGUAAAAAUUAGUUUGCAGUACACUUGAACCUGUCAGGCAGAUGUCGCUGUUUUCCUGCGAUACUGAUGAAUACGAGGUUGUGAUAAUAGGUAAGCUGUACCUUAAAUAGUUUAUAAACCAUAUAUAACCAAAUUUUCAUGUUUGGCAGUGUCUACAAGAGGUCACUACCUGCCAUCCAUGCAUUUUGCAAUAUACUUGCAUGUAUGAUUAGGCAAUUUCUUAAUAAGUUUUUGUUGCAUGAAUGAUUCAGUACACCACUUUGCCAUGGAAAAUUAAAGGGUCUCAAAAGUUAUUUUUGGCAAGCCCAAGUAUGUCUAACCUUAUAUAUUUUAUUUCAUUUAAGUUCUCCACAUUCAUCUAGGAGCAAAAGAAAAACUCUUAUUAGAACUUAUUUCAGUUAGGAAAAUAAAUAUCACUUAAGCUCUUCCAUUGCCAAAUGUAAAUAAACCUAGCACUGAUUAUAUUCAAUUGAUAUAAAAUGCAUAAUUUUGUUUGAACUUUGGAAAUGGAAAAUAUUAAUUAAUAUUAAAUUAUUAAGACUACUAAAAUAAUAUAACAGGGCUUUAACUCCCAUCUAUAAUAAUGUUGUUGUUUCUUUUUGUACACUGUAGUAGGGAAUGGAAUUUCUAAUCUAAGGAAACUGAACAGGGGAAGCUCAUACACCAAAAGCUUGUCAUGCAUACUUAAUACACCUGCCAAUGCAUUUCCACCAAAUCAUAAACAUAUGCACAAGAAAAUAAAAGGUAGACUUCAAGCCAAGGACACUCCCACAUUCAUUGAUUUGGGUCUAUAAUCUAGUUUUCUGUGGUAUGAAGCUCUGGGAAGCAUUUUGCCUCCUGCUUAUCAAGGAUGCUUAAUUCCAACAUAGGGUUACCCCCCUGAGUUAUCGUGUUACUGGUACCUUUCUAUUGUACACCUUGGUGGGCAGACAGCUAUGUAAAGCAAAGUGUAUUCUUUUGUGGCCAAGUGUGGAUUCCCUUGCCAGGAUCUGACAUCCUGCAUAUUUAAACCUCUGCAGAAUAUUCUCCUACAAGAGUACAGAUUGUGUGCAUUUUCUUGGUGAAUCGCUUGAUGACAGAAAUCAUUUACAAAGGGUGUACUUGCAUAUGGUUUUUUCUUUAAUAACAUUUUCUUAGGGCAAAUUAUCUUAACAGAGACUGGCUUGCAAAAAAAAAAUGGAUGCGAAAGCUGGACAGGUGUUGUCAUAGUCUAAAAAAUCAUUCAAAUGGAGAAAAAUGUUGUCGUCCUUUUUAUAUCCCUUCUAAAUAUAUAUAAUAAGGAAGGUAAAAGAGAGAUUGAAGGGCAUGGUUAAUAUUUGAGGGAGGAACUUAUUUACUAGUUUCACGACCUUGCCACCUAUUUCAUGGGAGGUGGCUUGUAAGGAACAAUGUGUAGGCGCAGUCUUUCCAUUUUAUGAAAAUUACGCACAAUGUACGGAUAUUACUGCUCUAAAAAUAAGUCUGGAUUUUCGAACUAUUAUUAACAAUUUUGAAUUGUUAUUGCAGGAAAUGGCCCGAAUGCACUGAGUUUGUCUUAUAUACUAUCUGGAAAUGUGCCAUACUACAUCCCACACCAGCAUCCAAACACCCUUCUAGACCAGAAACUCUGUGAGGAACGUGGGAAAUCAUUGCUGGACAAUGUAAGUACAAACUUGUUAAUCUUUACCAAAAGAUAAUACAGUGAAACCGGUAUUAAGCAGACACCCUGUAUUAAGCAGACAAAUAUCUCUGAGUGUGUGUUUUAAACGUUUCUUCCCAUAUUUUAAGUACAGUCAACACCCAAUAACUUGAACCUUCAAGGGAAAUCUAAGCUGAUAACUUGAUUACUUUUCUCCUCUCCACCAUUUUCAGGAUUUGGAGUAUUUGAGCGAGGGUUUGGAAGGACGCUCUUUCAAUCCUGUUGCAUUAUUGUUUGAUCAGUUGUUACGCCCUGAAGCUGACCUUGGUAAAGACCAGGGAUCAUGUCUCAAGUGGCAUCACCAUCCAAGUAAAGCCAUUAAGCACCUUGUCCUUGGGAGUGGUCCACCAGGGGGAUGCUGGCACAACAUGCAGGGCUCUCAGCUUACUUUAAGUCUUAACAACUGGCUUGAGUUACCAGGGUGCGACUUCCAAGACUGGCUAAGGGACCACAGAUCUUCUACAGUGAGAAAGCCAUGCAACCUUGUGACCAAUGGGGUAAAAAGUGAUGGAUACAACUAUGAUCGAGCUACAACCAGCCAUAUCGCUGAGUAUUACAAGGACUAUGUCGAAAAUACCAACAUUGAAGGAAACUUUUGGAGUGAUUCAGAGGUGUUGUCUGUAAAGCGCGUGCUUCAAGCGGAUUGUACCAAUUGCCACUGUCGAACGACUGAUGUUCAAAGAGAUGGUUGUUGGGAGAUCAGAGGUGUAAGGACGACUGACAGUGGAGGUUGUGAACCUUUCAUUGUCCAUGCAUACAAUGUUGUUCUUGCUACUGGAAACCGAUUCCCUAAAGUUCUUGGUAUUCCGGGAGAAAAAUUGCCAUUUGUUUACCACAAGAUGGAUCUGAUUGACAGAUAUUUAAAUGAGCUUGCAGAUUCUCCACUGUCAAUGGAUCCUUGUCUAGUUGUUGGCGCAGGCUUGUCAGCAGCAGACUGUGUUCUAGCUCUGCGAAACAAAGGCAUUCCUGUUAUACAUGUGGUCCGCAAGAAUGCAAACGAUCCCAAAAUCAUUUACAAUCAACUCCCAGGUGUGGUUUAUCCAGAGUAUUACAAAGUUGGCCAGAUGAUCAAGGGAGAUGUAACAACGGCAUAUGGCAAAGAUGCUAUGUAUACCCCCUUUACCAAAACCACCUUGGUAGAAAUUCGUAAGAACAAAGAGUGCAUCUUAAAAAAGGCUGAUGGAUCUCUGUUUAAGCAAAAGGUCUCAAAUGUUUUUGUCCUGAUUGGUGCUAAACCUGAUCUGUCCUUCUUACGUGGAGUCAAAUCACUUGGAGCUAAGCCCAUGAAACCAGUCGACAGCAAAGAGAAUCCUAUUGACAUCAAUCCGUUUACUUACGAGUCUGUGAAUGAGCCUGCUUUGUUUGCAGUAGGGCCACUUAUUGGGGACAAUUUUGUUCGGUUUGGUAUGGGUGGGGCAUUAGGUAUAGCAAGUCAUUUUAUGAGAGAAGAAGAAUAAAUUAAUAUAAAUAUUCAAAUAAUGGACUAAACUAUUUAUACUAAGCGUGUAAGAAAAUAUUGCACUGCUAAACCAAAAAAGACAAGGAAUGUUGCACUUAAGUAGUUUGAAUAGGUAGAACAUUUUUUAAAUUUUUUACUUUGUAUAAUUGAAUCAUUGUGAUGUUAGAAUAUUAAAAAUGUUUCCACCUAGCAAUGUAACUACACAUUCACCAUAACAUUAUUUAAAAACCAUUGAACUUUCUCUAGCACAGUUUUUUCCCUACAUUUGAGAACACGAGGAACAAGGUUUCUUUUUGUAUGUUUUGUUAGUUGAGCGUUUUUUUUUUCUUGUCAAUAUCAGAAUAUAAUAUUGAUAGGAUAUUUUUGUCUCCUCUGGUUCAUGUGGUUCGAUCUAUAUCUUCAUAU